GGAAAUUUGUGUCAUAUGACAGAUCCAAGAUGGCGUCGUCCAGGCUGCAGAAAGUUUUGCUGCUCCAGCUGCUGAGCGGAUUUUGCUGGCUGAGUCCCGGGAGCUCGGCGGGGCCGGUGCCGCUGGUCAUCUGGCAUGGCAUGGGUGACAGCUGCUGCAAUCCUGAGAGCAUGGGUUACAUAAAAAAAAUCGUGGAGAAGAAAAUACCAGGAAUUUACGUUCUGUCUUUGAAGAUCGGCAGCAACUUAAUUGAGGACAUGGAGAACAGCUUCUUCAUGAACGUGAAUGACCAGGUGAAACUCGUGUGUGACGAACUCGCAAAGGACCCAAAGCUUCGAGGCGGCUACAACGCCAUGGGCUUCUCACAGGGAGGGCAGUUCCUGAGGGCGGUGGUGCAGAGAUGUCCCUCUCCCCCUAUGUUCAAUCUGAUUUCUGUAGGAGGUCAGCACCAAGGUGUGUAUGGCUUUCCGCGUUGUCCCGGGGAGAGUUCUCACCUCUGUGACUGGAUCCGAAGGAUGUUAGACCUAGGGGCCUAUACUGCAGUGGUCCAGAACCGCCUGGUCCAAGCCCAGUACUGGCACGACCCACUGAAUGAAGAUGAAUACCGGAAGCACAGUCUUUUCCUGGCUGACAUCAAUCAAGAGCGAAGCAACAACAGUACCUAUAAGAAGAACCUGAUGUCUUUGAAAAAAUUUGUGAUGGUGAAGUUCCUCAAUGAUACCAUGGUGGACCCUCCUGCAUCUGAGUGGUUUGGUUACUACCGGAGCGGUCAGGCCAAAGUGACCAUUCCCUUGCAAGAGACCUCGCUGUACACAGAGGAUCGAUUGGGUUUGAAGGAAAUGGACCAAGCAGGGAAGCUGGUGUUCCUGGGCGCAGAAGGAGAUCACCUCCACUUUUCCGAAGAAUGGUUCUACAAGAAUAUCUUGCCAUUCUUACAGUGAAGCUGUUGAUGACCCACAGGCUGAGCCUGCCUUUCUGUGUUGCUGGAGAUGACUUUCCUGGCAGUGUUUGGUGUGUUCUUUAUAGCGCUUGGCUGGAGGAGACUUCUCACUAAACUGCUAGGUAGGGGCUAGCUUGAUAUAAGGAUUAACACCAAUUAAUGGAACUCUCUCAGUAGGUCUUCUGCACCUUUAUUUAAUACAGCCUGACCUCUUAUCAGCUUUGUCCUGCAGAGGCGUUGAAAUAUAACAGUCCUUUCAGCUAUGUGAAAAGUCAUUCCUAUUUGUUUUGGGAUGGCAAAA